CGUAUGGCGCGGCGAGGGGACGGGGGACGAGUCCGGCGCCUGAGCGGAGCUUUACACUAAUAUGGGAUUUCGCAGCGUGGACGUGGGGGGGCGAGGUGAACUUCCACACACUUCUCUGACCUCUUGAGCGGCGCACCGAUCAGGGAAGACUGACCUCAGACCGUCUCUAGAGGCUCUCCACGUUAUUUCUUCUUGACUGGACUGGAAUGCAAAGAUGCCAAUCUUGGAGAGAGAGACGGCCAGGGACCGAGACAGCCAAGUGCUGCCAAAGGUCCCCGUGCCGCCGCUGAAACAAACCCUCGACACUUACUUGAAGUGUGUCCAACACCUGGUGACGGAGGGGCAGUUCAAGAAAACAAAGGCCAUUGUGGAGAAGUUCGGGGCUCCUGGAGGCGUCGGGGAGGUUCUGCAGAAGAAGCUUUUGGAGAGGAGGGACAAGACGACCAACUGGGUCUAUGACUACUGGCUGGAGGACAUGUACCUGAACAACAGGUUGGCGCUGCCAGUCAACUCCAGUCCUGUCAUGGUGUUCCCUAAGCAGACAUUCAGAGAUCAUAAAGACGCCCUCAGAUUUGCUGCUCGUCUCAUCAGAGGAGUGUUGGACUACAAGGCUCUCAUUGAUGCGCGGGCGCUGCCGGUGGAUUAUGCCCGAGGCCAGCUAGCUGGGACCCCUCUGUGCAUGGAGCAGUACUACCGCCUCUUCAACUCCUACCGCUACCCGGGGCUAAAGACAGACACGCUGAAGGUCCAGAUGAAUGCAGCCUCCUCAGCACCGGAGCACAUCAUCGUGGCGUGCAAGAACCAGUUUUUCGUGUUGGAUGUCGUCGCAAACAGCAAGCAGCUCAACGAGACGGAGAUCUUCUCCCAACUGGAGAAAAUCAAGAAAAUGGCAGAAAACGCAGAAGAGAGACUCCCUCCUUUUGGUAUCCUGACAUCUGACGGGAGAACCGAGUGGGCACAGGCCAGAGAGGCUCUAACAAAAGAUCAAACCAACAGAGACUCUCUGGCUCUGAUCGAGAGCUGUGCGUGUGUGGUGUGUCUGGAUGAGCCCAGUGGCCUCGAGCCCAGAGACACCAACAGGGCCCUGCUGAUGUUGCACGGUGGCGGCCGUGAGAAGAACGGGGCAAACCGCUGGUAUGACAAGUCAAUGCAGUUUGUUGUAGGAAUGGACGGGACAUGCGGAGUCGUGUGCGAGCAUUCGCCAUUCGAGGGGAUAGUAAUGGUGCAGUGCUCCGAAUACCUGAUGAAAUACAUAACAGGGAGUCCUUCUAAGAUGGCGAGGGCGUCCAGCAUCAGAGAGCUCCCCCCUCCAAGAAGGCUGCUCUGGAAAUGUAACCCACACAUCCAAGGACUCUUAGCAGCGUCUGGAGACAGACUCCAGAGGCUGGUGAAUAAUCUCGACAUGGAUGUUUUCAAGUUCAGCGCUUACGGGAAAGAAUUCAUCAAGAAACAGAAGAUGAGUCCAGAUGCAUUCAUACAAGUUGCCUUACAACUUGCGUUUUUCAAAUGCAGCAAAAGGCUGGUGUCCACCUACGAGAGCGCAUCCAUUCGGCGUUUCCAAGACGGUCGGGUUGACAACAUUCGUUCUGCCACCUCUGAGGCUCUGGCUUUUGUGGUGUCCAUGACAGAUGAGAGGGCCACUUUUACUGACUCAGAAAAAAUUAGGCGACUGAGGGACGCUAUUAACGCCCAGACGAAUUAUACAAUUGCAGCUAUUACAGGAAUGGCAAUAGACAAUCACCUCCUCGGGCUUCUGAAGAUCUCAAAGGAGCUCAACAUGGAGAAGCCAGAGAUCUUCUGCGAUGAGACGUAUUUGACCAGUAACCAGUUCAUCCUCUCUACCAGUCAGGUCCCCACCACAGUGGAAAUGUUCUGCUGCUACGGCCCGGUGGUGCCCAACGGCUACGGCGCCUGUUACAACCCGCAGUCAGACCACAUCAUCUUCUGCGUGUCUAGUUUCUGGGAGAACACAGAGACGAGCUCGGCCGUUUUCGUCAAAGCCCUGAACGAGGGCCUGUUGGAAAUCAGGGACCUAUGCAAUAGUAGCAGUGCCGUGGCUACCAAACCGGCUGGCAGCAGCCAGGGAGCCAGCCUGCCUCAUAAAUCAGGGAAGUAAGCCAUACUGAGAGAGCGGGCCACUCAAGCUGCCUCACUCAUACUUAGAUUUUAGCUUUAGACUCAGUAGUCUAGAUGCCUUUGUGUGUCUUUGUUGUCUGUGCAAUAGUGUUCCUUUAACAACGAAAUGCAAAGCCUUAAAGUUCAUAUAUACAGUAGUAUGUAAAUGUUAAAAAAUGUGAAUGAAAACUGGAAAAGUUUUAUUUUUUAUCUAUUUAUUUAUUUAUUUUUGGAUGUGUAGACGUCAUAAUCAUUUCGGGGUCCAACGCUGACCCUGCUUGACUCGGCAGACUGAGAUUAACUGGUCCACUGCCUUUAGGAAACUGAAGCCAUGCCUACUUUGUAGCACUGAUGAGAGCGGCAACUCCUCUUUCAGAGCGAAUCGAC